AUGAGGAGCUCUUUUCCUCCUUCCGACGUUGGAAGAUCGGCGACUGAUCGUCACCUUUCGUAUCCCUCUGCUUCCAACAACCGCUGUAACUUUCGCCCUUUACUGUCUUCUUCUCCGCCGCUCAACCACCGACAUACUCACAAGCAACACUACCAGUACCCUAACCCCACUUUCCCGCCAAAUUACAGGCGCGAUCGGGCUCCGGCGCCGGGAAUUUCUUCUCCAGGUACGCGUAUUAGGCCGAAUUUCAUCGUUCAGCUUGUGAACAGCGACGUGAAGCCGUCGUAUUUGGUUAGGAAUGAAGAGAUCAGAAGACUCGCUUCGCUAUGUGAAAUUCCGGAGGAAUCAGUUCAUGUGCCUCAAUUUGGUUGUAUCGCCGGAAGUUUCAGUUUUCAGCAGUGGGUCGAUGCGCUCUCCGCCGUUGUGGCUCUCUGGGAUUAUCGCCUGCAAGGAAGCCAUGGUUUUGUUCCUGAGCUAAUUCCUAAUGUUAUCGUCCCUUCCGAUAUGGACGAGCUUAGAGACAGGCUUUGUGAUCUUUUCUCGGGUCACGUUCUUUGGUUAAUGGAAGACGGAGGAAGUGUCAAGAAGGUAGAAACGGAGAUUGAUGAGAAAGUUCGUAAAAUUGAGUCUUUAUCGUCCAAAAGGGGACUCAAGCUUGAGGUUUUUGAGAGAAAGAAGGUUCUUGAGGCGGAGAAAGAUUUGGUUGUAAAGCGGCUUGAAGAAUUCAAGAACGCUAUGAAGAGCAUUGUUCGAUUUCUCAAAGGAAAAAACGGGUCUGAGUCUGAUGGAGAUGGAGGAGAAGAAGAUGUGGCGGUGUUUGAUUUGGAAAGGCCCUUUGAUUGGCGACGUAUUCAUAGUUUGAUCCGCAGGGAGUGUCGAAGGCUAGAGGAUGGACUUCCUAUCUAUGCCUACAGGCGGAAUAUUUUGAAGAGAAUUCAUGGCGAACAGAUAAUGGUAUUGAUUGGAGAAACCGGUUCAGGGAAAAGCACUCAGUUGGUUCAGUUUCUUGCUGAUUCCGGAGUUGCUGCUAGUGAGUCAAUUGUAUGUACACAACCACGGAAAAUUGCUGCCAUGACAUUGGCUGAUCGGGUCAGAGAAGAAAGCCGUAGUUGUUGUGAGGAAAAUUCUGUCCGCUGCACUCCAGCUUUCUCUUCUACCGAGCAGAUUAGUUCCAAGGUUGUAUACAUGACGGAUAAUUGUCUGCUUCAACACUACAUAAAAGAUAGGAGUUUGUCUGGCAUUUCAUGUGUUAUUAUUGACGAAGCCCAUGAAAGAAGCUUAAACACAGACCUUCUACUGGCAUUGCUCAAAGAUUUGCUAUGCAGAAGGGUUGACCUUAGGCUUGUCAUCAUGUCUGCCACGGCUGAUGCCUACCAACUCUCAGACUAUUUCUUCGGCUGUGGAAUUCUUUGUGUCAGUGGGAGGAACUUUCCUGUGGAAAUUGUAUAUUCCCCUAGUGAUGCAGAUGGGGCUUGUGUUGUUGGCGGCAUUGCACCGUAUGUCGAUAAUGUUGUUAAGAAGGCAGUGGAAGUACAUAAAACAGAGAAUGAAGGAAUCAUCCUUGCAUUCUUGACUUCCCAAGCAGAGGUAGAAUGGGCAUGCGAAAGGUUUAUAGCUCCGUCCGCAGUGGCUUUGCCUUUGCAUGGAAAGCUUUCCUUCGAAGAACAAUUUAGGGUUUUCCAGAACUAUCCUGCGAGACGAAAAGUGAUAUUUGCCACAAAUAUUGCUGAGACCUCUCUGACUAUUCCUGGUGUAAAAUAUGUAAUUGAUUCCGGAAUGAUGAAAGAGAGUAAAUAUGAACCUAAAACGGGCAUGAGUAUCCUCAAGGUUUGCCAAAUAAGUCAGAGUUCUGCUCAACAACGUGCUGGUCGUGCUGGAAGGACAGAACCCGGAAGGUGUUACAGACUGUAUUCAAAACACGAUUUUGAUUCAAUGAAUCUUAAUCAAGAACCUGAAAUUAGGAGGGUCCAUCUUGGUGUAGCACUGUUGAGGAUCCUUGCUCUGGGUGUAGACAGCAUAGCGGAUUUUGACUUUGUUGAUGCGCCUGUCCCCGUAGCCAUUGCAAUGGCUGUCCAAAAUCUUGUUCAGUUGGGUGCAGUCGUUGAGAAGAAUGGUGUUCUGAAAUUAACAGAGGAAGGGCAUUGUUUAGUCAAGCUGGGUCUGGAGCCAAAGCUUGGAAAGUUAAUUUUAGGCUGCUUCAGACACAGAAUGGGCAAAGAGGGGAUUGUUCUUGCUGCUGUCAUGGCUAAUGCCAGUAGUAUAUUUUGCAGAGUUGGCAACCUCGAUGAUAAGAUGAAAGCUGAUCGUCUAAAGGUGCAAUUCUGCAAUCACAAUGGAGACCUGUUCACUCUGCUUUCGGUAUACAAAGAAUGGGCAUCUCUGCCGCUAGAGAGAAGAAAUAAAUGGUGCUGGGAAAAUAGCCUGAAUGCCAAAUCAAUGAGGAGAUGUGAAGACACAGUCAAAGAAUUGGAGACAUGCAUUGAGAGAGAACUUACUCUUAUCAGUCCUAGUUACUGGGUUUGGAAUCCAAAUGAGAGAACUAAACACGACAAGCAUUUGAAAAUGGUUAUACUUGCAUCUCUUUCAGAAAACGUGGCGAUGUACACUGGCUAUGAUCAGCUUGGAUACGAGGUGGCAUUGACUGGUCAACAAGUUCAGCUGCAUCCGUCGUGUUCAUUGCUAGCAUUUGGCCAGAAGCCAAGCUGGGUUGUUUUCGGUGAACUUCUAUCAAUUGUGGACCAGUACUUGGUAUGUGUAACAGCGUUUGAUUUUGAGGCUUUGUAUAUGCUUGAUCCACCUCCACCUUUUGAUGCAACUCAGAUGGAUGAGCGGAGGCUCCGAGUGGAAAAAGUGGUUGGUUGUAGCAGCACUUUGCUUAAACGAUUCUGUGGGAAAUCUAACCGUAGUCUACUUUCAAUUGCUUCUUGUGCUAGGUCUCUUUGUAAGGAUGAGAGGAUUGGUAUUCAAGUCGAUGUCAAUCAGAAUGAGAUUCUACUGUAUGCGCCUCCCCUCGACAUGGACAAAGUGAUGGCCCUUGUGAACGAUGCAUUGGAAUGUGAAAAGAAAUGGAUGCGUAACGAAUGUUUGGAGAAGUAUCUAUUUCAUGGUCGAGGACAAAUUCCGAUUGCACUGUUUGGAUCUGGUGCUCAGAUUAAGCAUCUUGAAGUUGAUCAGAGAUUUCUGACCGUCGAUGUACUUUAUUAUGGUGACAGUUUUGUUGAUGACAGAGAGCUCUUGACGUUUUUGGAGAAGAAGAUUGAUGGGUGUAUUUGCGCUAUUCAUAAGUUUGCUGCUAACAAGCAAGAUUGUGAUGAGAAGGAAAAGUGGGGUAGAAUAACCUUUCUCACUCCCGAAUCUGCUAUGGUGGCAACAGAAAUUCAGAAAUUUGAUUUCAAUGGGUCAGUGCUUAGAUUAUUUCCGUCGCUGCCAACUGGUGGAGGAAACUUUAAGAUGCCUUCUUUCUCUUCUGUUACAGCCAUGAUUCGUUGGCCGCGCAAGGAAAGCAUUGGUAGAGGUUGUGUUAAGUGCACUUCUGGUGAUAUUCACAAUAUAUUUGAAGGGAUCUCCAACCUUGUGAUAGGAACAACAUUUGUCAGCAUUCAGAGAGAUCAAAAGUCGAAUGAUUCUAUCUUGAUAAAUGGGCUUGGCAGAGAUCUUUCGGAAGUAGAGGUUUUAGAUGUUUUGGAGUACGUUACGAUGAGAAGAGAUCUGAAUUUUUUCUUAUUCAGAAGAAACAGUGUGCAGUGUCCAUCUCCUGUUGAUUGCGAAGAAGUGCUGCAUAAGAGAAUAUUCGCGUGCAUGUCAUCGAGGAAUCCAGAGCCGCACUGUGUCCAAGUCAGAGUUUUUGAACCAAAAGAUACAGAUUAUUUCAUGCGAGCGAUGAUUACAUUUGACAGGAGAUUACAUUUGGAAGCUGCGAAAGCUUUGCAGGAGUUAAAUGGAGAGGUGCUACCUGGAUGCCUUCCGUGGCAGAAGAUAGAGUGCGAGCAAUUGUUUCAGAGCUCCAUAAUCUGCUCCGCUUCUAUCUACAACAUAGUCAAAAGGCAAUUGAAUGAAAGAUUAGCAAGCUUCGAGAGACAAAGAGGAUGUAAUCAAUGGCGUUUGAAGCCACUUCAUGGCGGUGCUUAUCGUGUUACUAUUUCGUCUAAUGCAACAAGCCCCAUCUCAGAGAUGCGGAGAGAUCUUGAAGAACUCGUGAGAGGAAGAUCCAUAAAUCAUCCAGACUUAACCCCUGGAGUCUUGCAGCAUCUUUCUUCCAGAGAUGGUGUUAAUCUUAUGCGGAAGAUCCAACAGGAGACUGAAACUUACAUUAUAUUAGACAGGCAUAGUCUCACGGUACGCAUUUGUGGAUCAGGACAGAAAAUCACCGAGGCUGAACAAGAACUGGUUCAGUCACUUCUGGCUUAUCACGAGAACAAGCAACUUGAAAUCCACCUCCGAGGUCCUGAUAUACGUCCUGACCUAAUGAAGGAAGUUGUGAAGAGAUUUGGUCCGGAGCUCCAAGGUAUCAAAGAGAAGGUACAUGGUGUGGAUCUUAAGCUCAACACCCGGCACCAUGUUAUUCAGGUUCAUGGGAGCAGAGAAAUGAGGCAGGAAGUAGAAAAGAUGGUCAAUGAACUUGCACGAGAAGAGAGUGCACCGGGCGAAGAACAAGGUGACAUUGAAGUUGAAUGUCCCAUUUGCUUGUCUGAGGUUGAUGAUGGCUAUUCUCUUGAAGGAUGUUCACACCUCUUCUGCAAAGCUUGUUUGUUAGAACAAUUCGAGGCAUCGAUGAGAAACUUUGACGCAUUCCCCAUACUUUGUUCUCACAGUGACUGUGAAGCUCCGAUAGUACUCGCUGAUAUGAGAGCUCUCUUAUCACAAGAGAAGCUGGAUGAACUCUUCCGAGCAUCAUUGUCCUCUUUUGUAACAUCCAGUGAUGGAAAGUUCCGGUUUUGCUCCACACCUGAUUGCCCUUCCAUCUACCGUGUAGCUGGUCCUCAAGAAUCCGGUGAGCCAUUCGUCUGUGGAGCCUGCAACUCAGAGACAUGCACAAGGUGUCACCUCGAGUACCACCCGUAUCUCUCUUGUGAAAGGUAUAAACAGUUCAAGGAGAAUCCAGACUUGUCGCUAAGGGACUGGGCAAAAGGGAAGGACGUGAAGACGUGUCCGGCUUGCAGGUCCACGAUAGAGAAAUCUGAAGGGUGUAACCAUGUGCAGUGCCGGUGUGGGAAGCACAUUUGCUGGGUCUGCUUAGACUUCUACACUCAGUCAGAACCUUGUUAUGAACAUUUAAGAACAAUUCAUGGCGGAAUCGGCAUUGCCAACGAGCUUGGUAUCCCCAUGAUUUGA